UCUGCAUUUAUAUGAUCUUCUGUGCGCGAAAAGAGGCCAACAGUGACGCUGUGCGCACGAGACUUGGAAGUUCAGCUUCUCUGGGUCCCACAGACCGACAGAUGCGUGUCCUAAUGAUGUUGACAUAUUCACACAACAGAGAGCGAAGCAGCGCUGUUUCGCGGCAGCAAUAGAGUUCUCAAACACCUUUUUAUAAGUCUGAAGUCUUUCCCCUCCACCCGACCUGUCAAAACCACGCCUACAAAGCAACACAAUUGGUCCGAAAGCGUCAAAGAGCCAAUCAACAGAGGGCUACUGCUCGAAACACGCAACACAUCCACACCGCUGAAGCCUAUGGAGUUCAGAAGCACUGGGAAUAUCUCUGUGCUGGACCCUGUUCUCUGCAUAACUGCUGAAAUGUGUGUGCGCGUGAAAAGACGAGAGAGAAAGUGUGCGUGUGAGCGUGUGAAGGUGUAUACCUCCAACAAGUAAAGACAGAGGAAUUAUUCCGAGGCAACGAAAUAUUUCAACACAUCUCUUUGGCAGGACUCGGGACGAUCUCAUUAUUACAGGAAUGUCUAUUUUAACGAAAUCCAAAGGAAACCGACAUACGCCAUAAGCAGACAUACAGUGAUUCGGUCGACUUUAAUUUCAUUGUUUUAUUUUUAUUUUCUCGAUUUUAUAUCGCACUGACAAAAGACAAGCGGCACCCGCGAAGAUUAAUGGAUAGCCGUUUCUCACUUUGUCUUUUAAAUACUUUGUUGGAAUCCAGCUAGAGAAACAAUUAAGAGACUCACACACCGAGUCGUCGCAGAGACGCUGGACUUGGUGAAGGACUUCUCCGGUGCAGACAUUUAGCUGAUUGUAGCCUACCUCCAGACGCUCGAUUUAAGGAACACCGCAUCUGCUAUCUGGACUUGAAUGAGCUUCCCGAUGAGAGAUCCAGUUAUUCAAGGAUCCAGUAUGGCAUAUCACCCGUUUUUACCUCACCGGGGUCCGGAAUUUGCCAUGAGCGCAAUGCUGGGUCACCAGCCGCCCUUCUUCCCGGCCCUGGCACUGCCACCUAACGGCUCCCUGUCCCUGCCCGGGGCGCUGGGCAAACCAAUAAUGGAGCAGCUGAUGGGCGCAGCAGAGACCGGCCUUCACUUCUCCUCUCUGGGACACCAAGCCGCCACCGCGCAUCUCCGGCCUCUCAAGACACUAGAGCCCGAGGAGGAGGUUGAAGACGACCCCAAAGUUCACCUCGAAGCCAAGGAACUCUGGGAGCUUUUUCACAAGCGCGGCACAGAAAUGGUUAUCACCAAAUCUGGAAGGAGAAUGUUCCCUCCGUUUAAAGUCAGAUGCACGGGCUUGGACAAAAAGGCCAAAUAUAUUCUGUUGAUGGAUAUUGUUGCGGCUGAUGACUGCAGGUAUAAAUUUCACAACUCUCGCUGGAUGGUGGCAGGAAAGGCUGACCCCGAAAUGCCAAAACGGAUGUACAUUCACCCCGACAGUCCGGCCACUGGCGAGCAAUGGAUGUCUAAAGUCGUCAAUUUUCACAAACUUAAACUGACAAACAACAUCUCCGACAAGCAUGGAUUUACCAUACUAAACUCCAUGCACAAAUACCAGCCAAGAUUUCACAUUGUGAGAGCCAACGACAUACUGAAACUCCCAUAUAGCACGUUCAGGACCUACGUGUUCCCUGAGACAGAUUUCAUUGCUGUCACUGCCUACCAGAACGAUAAGAUUACACAGCUGAAAAUUGAUCACAAUCCUUUUGCAAAAGGAUUUCGUGACACUGGAAAUGGGAGACGCGAAAAAAGAAAACAGCUAGCUCUGCAAUCGAUGCGUUCGUAUGAGGAGCAGCAAAAAAAAGAAAACGGGACGUCAGACGAUUCCUCAGGCGAACAAGCGUCCUUCAAAUGUUUUCGCCAGGCUUCGUCUCCUGCUGUCUCAACUGUAGGACAGAAUAACUUAAAAGAUUUUUGUGACAGUGAUGAAGAUAGCGAUGACGAAGACAAAGAUGGAAACGUGAAAGAGGGGCCAGACUCGAGCAAAAUUUCCACUACGACUGAGGACUCCAAGGAUCACGAUGCGAGUUUAAGCAAAAGUCUGUUUGGAGAAAGUGACUCGACUGUCGGUCGGAGAACUGAAAAAGUACGAGCGGACUCACGGCAGAGUCCCAUCACACUCAUCUCUAGCACCACUAGGUCCGGUGAGGAACUCAGGAGUCCGGGCCGGGAACAGGCCAAAACAGACGACUGCCGGACAGUGAGCAAAGAAAAUUACAUGCCGUUGACUGUCCAAACAGAUGGCGCUGCGCACUUAAAUCAAAACCACUUGCACAAUUUCGGAUUUCCGCCGGGUUUGGCCGGGCAGCAGUUUUUCAAUCACUUGGGUGGUGCCCAUCCGUUUCUCUUACACCCCAGUCAGUUCAAUAUGGGAGGCGCUUUCUCAAACAUGGCCGCAGGGAUGGGCCCCAUACUGGCAGCAGUUUCCUCCGGAGGGGUCAGCUCAAUGGACACGAGCAGCAUGCCAUCACCCUCGCAAAGCCUGACGGGGGCACCGCUGCCCUUCCACCUACAGCAGCAUGUCCUGGCGUCGCAGGGUCUGGCUAUGUCUCCUUUUGGAGGUCUCUUCCCGUAUCCUUACACAUAUAUGGCCGCCGCUGCAGCUGCUUCAUCCGCCGCCUCUUCAUCGGUCCAUCGUCAUCCGUUUCUAAACGCGGUGCGGCCCCGGUUAAGGUACAGCCCUUACUCUUUACCGAACGUCCCCGACAGCACCUUGCUUACAACGGCUGUCCCACCCAUGGCGAGCAGUAUCAUCGAUCUGAAGGGAGACGGGAUGACCACGAGUCCCACUUCAGCUGCUCUGGACUCUGAGGUCACCAGCCGCUCGUCUGGUUCAGUAUCACUCUCACCAAAAACCUGCGUCGAGAAAGAUUCCAGCACCGAGUUACAGAGCAUCCAGCGCCUGGUCAGUGGACUUGAAUCCAAACCGGAAAGAGCGCGCAGUGUGUCUCCAUAGAGUGCUGCGCGUGAGUGACGGUGACCGGACCGGGAACGAUGAAGACAUUGACAGACCUACAGGUUGCGUACGACGAUGAACCCGUUUACAAUACGGACCUGUAUCGGACAAAAAGUUUAGACUCAAAAUGCACUUUGGUAAAACAAAAAUAAACACGUAAAAUGUAUGUUGUUCUUUUGUUAAAUUAAAACUAACUUUGAUUGUUUUCCCCCCAACUAUUUGAAUACCAUAGAAGUAUUGAACAGUGAAUAGUUUGGCAAGGAUGUCAGAGACUGAAUCAAGCUGCUUCUCGUCUUUAUGUUAUACAUCAGGGUGACGGAUUUGAUUUAAUUUAAUAUGCACUCUGAAUAUGUUCUUACUUUAUUUGAUGUGUCUUUAUCUGAUGUGUUUGAAAAGAUAUUAAUGAAUUAAAUAAGUUACCAGAGGCAUAUUGCAUGUCAAAGACCAGACUUAAUCAAGACUGCUGUUUUUGAGUUAAAUGUUUUAGUCUGUAUUGUUCGAAGCGCAAAUUCACCAAGAACGAAAUACACUAGGUUUUAAGAAUAUUUUGCAAUGUGACGGAGUUACCGCAGUAAAACCUUAAAUACUUGUUAUAGUGUGAGUGUGUGUGUGUGUGUGUGUGUGUGUGUGUGUGUGUGUAUAAUGCAUAAUGUUUGUAUGUAUAUGUGUGUGUGUGUGUGUGUGUAUAGGCUAUAUAUAUACAUUUUUUUUUUUUUUUUUUUUGUAAAAUGAGGAAGGCAGUCUAGUCAAACAUUUAUUUUGUUUUAUUCUUUUUUCUAAAGUUAUCAAUGAGUCCACAGACCACUGAUUAAUCAUUUGAUUUUCUAGGUUAACAGACGCGGUACUAAAAUGGCUUAUAAAAGACAGCUUCGAAAUGAACUGGGAAAAGGGAUCAUUUGGAUCAAAAUGGAUCAUAUGGUUAUAAUAAAUACAAAUGUAAAUAACGAUAUAUAUAUAUAUAUAUAUAUAUAUAUAUAUAUAUAUAUAUAUAUAUAUAUAUAUAUAUAUAUAUAUAAAACAUAUUUAUGUAAUUAUUUCAUAGGAAUAUUGCUUGUAAAUACAACUGAGAUUCUUUGUUUCUUUGUUUGUUUGAGGGAGCUUAACUUAAUUUAUUGUUGACAUAUGUGUAAAAUAGUUUGUGAGCAUUUUCCUUGUUGAUUACGUUCUCAUUUGCGUCCUCCAGACUCUGGAUUCCACCCGUAAUACCACAGUGCUAGUUUCUCUAGCAGAAAAAAAAUAAAUAAUGUGCCAUCGUUUUGAUUAACUGUUGUGUAAGUGCUUUGGUUCAAACAAAUUAAAGGCGAUAACACAAUGCAUAAAUGGCUUGAAAGUAAUUACAGUUUUCUUUCACAGCAAAAUGCUUUAGUCCAAGUGUGUUUAAAUUAACUUUUUGUGACAUAUGAGCCUAAACUGCGAAAAAAGUGCAGAAAAGCUAAGGAAAUAAAGAUUUUCCAUUGUGUUUCCAA